UGUCCCCUGCAGCAUCCCCGGCCAUCUCCUCCGGUUGAUGCCGGCAUCCGGCUUCCGUGUUCCGGUCCCUGGGACGGAUGGGCGCCGGAACUGGCGGCAAAUUUGAAAUUUUUAAAAAUGAUUAUUACAUUAUUGUUAUUAUUAUACACCGUAAAACAUUGCUGUUUCAAUGCAUUUCACAUUUUGUCCCUACUGCUUUGUCCGGCGCCCUGCCUGCAUUUUUACUGUUCUUUCUGCCUGGAAACUGAGAAACGUCCAUGGCGGCCAAAAAGCGUCCCUUUAUGUCAAAAGCGGUUUUUAGACCGGCUAGAGAACAGCGAUAGUAAAUCAGAACCACUUGCAGAAUUGAGUGAUAAUGAUUCGUGUGGAAAAUUCCUCAUCAGACACUGA